AUGGUCUUCUCUCUCCAGACUCUCGCUGUCUCAGCAUUGGUUGCUACCAGCUAUGCCUCCCCUUUGAUCCACUCCCGGGCAAGCAACACUAGCUAUACCAACUCCAACGGUCUGAAGUUCAACCAUUUCAACGGAUCCCUCCCUAAUAUCACCCUUCUCGCCACCGGCGGCACAAUCGCCGGCACAAGCGACGACAAGACCGCAACAGCAGGCUACGAGUCCGGCGCACUGGGCAUCAACAAGCUUCUUUCCGGAAUCCCCGAUAUCUUCAACAUCGCCAACAUUGCCGCCGUGCAAGAAGGCAACGUAAACAGCGGAGAUGUCUCUUCCUCCCUCCUGCUGAACCUCACCCACACCCUCCAGACCCAAGUCUGCGAUGACCCUACCAUGUCCGGCGCCGUGAUCACCCACGGUACCGACACCCUUGAGGAAUCCGCAUUCUUCAUCGAUGCCACCGUCAACUGCGGCAAGCCCAUUGUCUUCGUUGGAUCCAUGCGUCCCUCAACUGCCAUCUCCGCCGAUGGCCCCAUGAACCUCCUGCAGGGUGUCACCGUUGCUGCGGACGAAGACUCCAAGGACCGUGGUGCCCUGGUCGUGUUGAACGACCGUAUCGUGUCUGCCUUCUGGGCCACCAAGACCAACGCCAACACCAUGGAUACCUUCAAGGCUUACGAGCAAGGAAGCCUGGGCUUCAUCGUCUCCAACAAGCCUUACUUCUACUACCCUGCUGUGCAGCCUAAUGCCAAGCACACCGUGAACGCAACUGACUUCGAUACCGUCCCUCGUGUCGAUAUCCUGUAUGCAUACGAGGACAUGCACACUGACUCGCUCACCAGCGCUGUCAAGAACGGUGCCAAGGGUAUUGUUGUUGCUGGUGAGGGUGCUGGUGGCAUUUCCACUGAUUUCGCUGCUGCCAUUGUCGAUGUUGUCGAGAAGCACAACAUCCCCGUUGUUCUUUCUCACCGUACUGUCAACGGCGAGGUGCCUACUGCCGAUAUCAUGGGUGACAACGCCAAGACCCAGAUUGCCAGUGGCAUGUACAACCCACAGCAGUCCCGUGUUCUGCUCGGUCUGCUUCUGGCGGAGAAGAAGGACCUCAAGGAGAUCCGUGAGGUUUUCUUGAAGGCCACUGUUGCCUAA